GUUGAAUGGGCGUGAAUGAGGGCAGGACCAGGUGGAUCUCUCUGUGAGUCAACCCCUGAAUCAAACGCAGAGCAGCCAGACGGAGCAGAUAGUUGGAGCUUUACGAAUUGGACCUCGCCUGUCUCUGGAGUGGAGACAAAAGCCAAAAUGAUGCCCGAACCUUUAAAAUCGGCUCUGUCCAUCGGAGAUGUGGAGGACACGUCUCUCGCGCUUCCGUCCGAUCACGAGCUGAGAUCCGCGCAGCAGCGAGUUCUGGAGCAGGUUCACACCAUCAAGAGGAGCAAGUCCAAAACCAGCAGCAAAAGCGUGUCCGGACUCUCUUCCCCCACCAGCCCUGAAAGUGACGGUGUGUUUUAUGACUUCAAGUUCUCUCCCGGCGCGUCUCUCAGCGGACCCUCGUUCAGCAGAGGAGGAACCAUGACAAAUGGGACUAUGCAAAGGCAAGGCUUUGUGCGCCAGUCCACCAACUCCCACAGCGCCAGUGGUCAGCGGGUGACCAGUGGCUCCGGCAAGUUCGAUCGGUCCUUCUACAGCGCUACCGGCACCCUCCCUGCCCAAACCCAGACCAAUAACCAACUGUACAGCUACAACACCACCCGCAGUGCUCCAGACCUGGGCUUCCAGUCCACCGGCAACGUCGGCGCCACCGCCGCCACUCUACGCACCCAAACCAGCCGACAGAUCCUCACCAGAGUGCCAACCACUCAACCUGCCCAGGCUUACGGAAACAGCAAUGUGCCCAGAAUGCCUAACAGCAAUCAGGCCAGUACCAUGCAACGGACCAUGAGACACCCGACUUCCCUGCAAUCCAACGGAGAGUCCAGGGUGUCCAUGAUCAGGACCGGACAGGCCAAGGACAUCUCUGGGAUGAACGCAGAGAAGCUUAUGGCCGAUAUGACGAUGCAAGACGCGGUCGACUAUCUGUUCAGCACGGAUGAGAGCCACCAGCUGUGUGGAGCCGCUUACAUCCAGCACAGCACCUUCACCGAUGACAAGGCCAAGCAAGAGGUGCUGACCCUGAAGGGCAUUCCUCCGCUGGUCAACCUGCUGAACAGCCCCAGUCCUCAGGUCCAGGAGACAGUGGCCGCUGCUCUGAGGAACCUGGUCUUCAAAAACCAGGCCAACAAAGAGGAAGUGCAGCGCUGCAGAGGAAUCACACAGGUUGUGCAGCUGCUCGGCAAGAGCAACUCUGAGACACAGAAACACCUGACAGGUCUCCUGUGGAAUCUCUCCUCUGCAGAUAACCUUAAGCUGGAUUUGCUCCACACAGCCUUGCCUGCGCUCACUGAGAAAGUCAUCGAGCCGUUUUCAGCAAGUACAGACGACAACUCCAACACCAGCCUGGCACCAGAGGUCUUCAACAACGCCACGGCAUGCCUUCGGUAACAUCACACACAUGUACACAAGGCAA